AUGCAGCGCCUCGUCGUGGCCGCCGUUCUUCUUCUCGCCGCCACCAAACACUCGGCGCUCCAACGUCAAAAGACCCCGAGUUUUCAGUUUUCGGACAAAUAUGACAAGGCGAUUAUCUGUUCUUUCCACUCACCAAGAGGAAUCGUAGCCCGAGUGAACUAUCCGGAUCCAAUCGUCAUUCAGCCGUUCAUCGACGCAACCGAACCUGAAGGCCACACGGAUACUACGUACACCCAGUGCUCAACAAACGUCUCGCAGUCGGCACCAACAAAGGCGAAAUUCAAGUUGAUCAGUGGAAAAUGGGAAAGUGAGCCAUAG